AUGACCUCGCUUCCUUCCCCUUCAUCCGAAGAGCCACCAGCCAGGGGACGGUGGCCACAGCAGCGAGUGACAGCCAGUCCACAUGGCUGGGGACAGCGGGAUGGCCGGGAAGCCCAGGCCCUCGGCCUCGCUGGUGCCCAGACCACCCAGCUCCUCCUGGAGGCCCCCUGGAGGCCGGCGGUGCUGUGGGACCGGGUGACACUGACCUGCCAGGGCUCAGGGACUGCUGUUGCCACCACCUGGUAAAGGACGGGCAGCAAUGGGGGACAGCAGGGACGCAACCGUGUCACUGUCACCAAGAGUGGCACCUACCCAUGUGACAGACCUGAAACUGGGCUCAGCCCACCUGUGACAGUCUUACAUGAUGAUCUAGUGCUUCAGGUGCCAGCACGGGCACUUCUGGAGGGGGACACAGUGACACUGCACUGCCUGAGCGGGUGGAACAGCCCUGUCACCAGCAUGCGAUUUUACCAGGAGAAUGAUCUGGGGGGGUUCCUCAAAGGGACCGAGCUGUCCCUGUCCCCUCUGCAGCUUAACCAUGACGGCUGGUACAGCUGCUGGGGCUUGGUGGAGUCCUUUAUGUCAUGGUCAGCAGCAGUGACAGUGACAGUGCACAAGCUCUUCUCGGUGCCGGUGCUGGAGGGUCCCCCCGAGCCCACUCAGGGGUCCCCCCUGACUUUUGGCUGCCUCAGCACCCCCAGCCCCCUGCAGCCCCAAACCCCCCUCCUGUACGUGUUCUACCGGGACGGGCAGGUGCUGGCGGUCCCGCAGGGGUCCCUGCAGCUGCUGGUGCCCGCCGUGGGGGUCUCCCACUCGGGGAAUUACAGCUGCCAGGUGCACUCCGAGGAUGGGGCCGUGUGGAAGAGCAGUGCCUGGCUCUGUGUCAUGGUGCACAUGCCCGUGGCCAAUGCCACCAUCACCCUCAGUCCCCUGUCACACCAGAUGCACACAGGUGACCCUGUGACCCUGCGCUGCCCGGCACAGCUCAGGGACAUCGAUGUGGGACAUUCGGGCACCUACCAGUGCGUGGCCACCAACCAGCUGGGACAGGACGGGCACCACGUGUUCCGGGAUUCACAAGUGACCAACACAGAGCUUUUGGGACCCUGCGAGCGGCAGCGGGACCCCGGUGACUGGGUUGCCCACGAGUGGGGGUUCCCAUGUGGGGUUGCCCAGAGCUCCCCGUUCCAGUGCUCCCAGUGCUCCCAGAACAAAAUGAUCAACUGGGGCAUUUCCAAACUGGUUCCCUCGCCCCUGACCCGCAGCGGGGACGGAGCUGCCGCUCCCUGUUUGUCCCCUUUCGGUGACACUGGCCAAAGGCUCGGGCACCUGUGGCAGUGCCACCCCGUCACCUCGGGCACCGAUCCGGCAGCUGCCGAGCCUCUCGAGCCCACCCCAGCUCAGCCCGGUGCCCCGCCCGGUGCCCAAACCCCGCACCCGGUGCCCAAACCCCGCGCCCGGUGCUCCCCGAGCGGUGUCCGAGCCCCGGAGCUGCUGCGGAGGCCCAGCCGGGCCCGGCCCUGGGGCAGGCGGGGGCACUGGGAGCCCACAGGCGCCUCCAGCCCCAUCGUGCUGCUCCACGAUGUCACCAAUGUCACCACUGCCCCCAAAGCGCUGCCCUUGCUCCGGGACAAACCCAAAACCAUCCGGGUCAUCACCAGGGACCUGAUCUGGGAGCUCAUAAUUCCCAGGGAUUGGCCCCUGGCCUUGCUCAUCAUUGGCCCCAAAGAAUUCCAGCGGAUGCAGGAGGAGGCUCAGCCCCCGCAGCAGCUCGGGGAUUGGCUGCAGAUCAUCAAUCCCGCCAGGAUGCGGCUUUUAAUUCCCAGGGAUCGGCCCCCGGCCUUGCUCAUCAUUGGCCCUGAGGAAUUCCAGCGGAUGCAGGAGGAGGCUCAGCCCCUGCAGCAGCUCAUUGAUCGGCUGCAGUUCCUCAAUCCCACCAGGAUGCGGCUUUUUGUCCCCACGGGUGUCCCUGUCCCGCAGGAGGAGCGCAGCCGGGCCUGCAGCGCAGUGUGGCAGCAGGGGGAGCUGCAGGAGGCGCGGGCACGCUCAGAGCUGGAGCGGCAGCGGGAGCUGGAGCGGCGGGAGCUGCGGGAGCGCAUGGCCAGGCUGAAGCUGGAGCAGGAGGAUGAGAUGCGGCGGCUGAACUCGCUCCUGCUGACCGCACGCUGCAGCUCCAUCCUGGACAGGCAGCUGGCGGAGAGGCGGCAGAUCCAGGAGGAGCUGUGGGCAGAGGAGCAAUGCCUGGUGCGGCUCAUGACAGCGAGCGGGAGAAGGAGCUGCAGCUGGAGAAGGAGCUGGAGCGCUGCAGGAAGCAGGAGCUCAUCAGCACUCAGGCUCCAGGAGCCCCAGGCUGCUCCUUCGGGAUGUGCUGACCGCUCACGGAGCGCUGCCCUUUGUGGAGAACGAGCUUGGGAGCACCCGAAUCAUCCCCAAGGCCUGGGCCACUGAUGCUGUUGAGUCAGGGACGGAAAGAAAGACUCCAGUCUUCAGGUGGAUCAGAAGGCUCAAGAAGAAUCUUUUUUAGCAAGAAGCAGUGAGCUUAAUAGUCUCACUUGCUGAGUGGGACUGGAUUGGUCUCAAAGUAGAAAACAUCUCGCAAUAUUGGUGCCUAUGAAUAGCACGCUGUGAAGAACUAUAACUAUAAACAAUGGUUACAGAAAGAGAGA